GGGAGAUUGUGUUUUGUUCCUUCUCUCGCUUGAGUUUUCAAGUGAUUAAGCUCUGGAGCAGAGGGCAGUCCUUCCCCUCACAGCACAUUUCUACUGGAAGACACAUUUCACCAGCUCAAAAAAUGACACGGAGAAGGGGGAACUCGUAUUUUGUGAAGAAAAGUGCAAACAUGAUCGGAAAGUCCACUCGGAUUGACGCAUCUGAGCUAUUGUGAAGAGUGCUCGACGCGUCGGUAUGAACAGAAAUAAACUUUUAACCGACACAAAAACCGGCGGCAGAACGAAAUAAAGCGGGACUUGAGGUUUAAUGAAGGAGGUUGUCGUGGUGAAACUCUGGGCCUCGUGGAAUGCGGCUCUACCACUCAUCAGCAUUAGACUUUUUACCGUUGUUGCUGGCAGCAGUAUUCAUCAUUUCACGCACCGAAGAGUGGCUUGGCGUUCAGGACCUCACGGACCGCCUGUGUGUUUUGGAGCGACUUGAGGAGCUUCUUCAGAGCAGUGACUUCAGCGAUUGUCAGCACCAUGAGCAGCCAAAAGUGACACAAAUACAGCCACAUCAGCCACACAGGUAGGUGACCUGGUCCAAUACAGUAGAGUGAGUUAGUAAAGACUAAGAAUUGAACCUAGCUGGUUGGGAACAAAAGGAACUAUUAGAAUGUAUUAACAGUUAGUUCAAUUCUGCUCCGUUCUACCAUGGGUUUCCAGCCUCCAAAAUGUAGAACUUCUUUGAUUUCAAUUUUAGCUAUUAAAAUGCAGUGAUUAGUACUUUUUGUUUCCGAUAUUAACAACUUAAAACACCUUAAAAGGUGUUACUUUUAAAACCAAGGAUUUGUCCAUCCCAUUUUUUAUUUACUCUAACCACACUGGAUAAAUAGUAAAUCAUUAUGAUAAAGUAUAUGAGUAAAGUAACAUCAAAUUAAGUUGCUGACAAAUAUCCUAUUGCUAAUUAUCCAAACAUUUCUGCUUUACAUACAUUGCCAUAUAUCUAUCAGCAGUAGCCAGAAGUCAUUUCAUCCAUCUUAACCAUUGUUGUUUGACCAUAUUAUUUCACAUUCUCAUCCUGCUUUUUUUUUUUUUUGUUGCCAUCUCUGUCAUUGGUUCUGAGGAAUCACUGAGCGAAACAGUGCCGUUUGUGGGAGAAUGACAGGAAAAGGAAGUUAAAGUAUUUUCUUCUUUCAGUCUCUUUUUCUCUUCUCUCUCUCUCUGGCUCUCUGAAUUGAAAGGCAGCUGUACACUGAUGGUUCCUGACUCGCUCUACGUUUAUGUAUUUAUUCACCACAGAUGUUUCGGAAAAAAGCUUCAUCCUCCUUGAGAAUGCGGAGAAUAUCAGAAAACAAUAGACGGAGUGUGGACCGUGCCCGAAGCUCCUCAUUCCAUGAGGUGGGCCAGUCGCGAGAGCUGGAAAUGAGGGCAGCAGCCUCCGUUUCCGAAGACACUUCGGCUAGCAGCAGCAGCGGAAGUGGCCACACGGUCCUGCAGCGACUCCUACAGGAGCAAAUGCGCUAUGGCGAGGGUCGCAAUUACCUUGCCCUGCAACAACAACAACAGCAGCAGCAACAACAACAGCAACAAGGUCCAGUGAGUGGAUAUCCGGGCCCCAGCAGCCCAGGGGACGAGCACUCGAUGGUCCCGCACAUCGCGAGGCAGGAGCCUCAGGGCCAGGAGCUGCAGGCGGACAGUGGCAUGGAGAAGCUGAGCACACGCAAUGCGGGAGGGGUUGGUGGCGGCAGUGGGGGCACAGGAUCGGGCGGUGGUAGCUGUGUGAGUGGACAGGGGCUCAGUCCUGAGGAUCUACCCACCUACGAGGAGGCCAAGGUGCAGUCGCAGUAUUUCCGUGGCCAGCAGCCUCAGCAGCAACUUCCCCCGAUGGUAGGUGCUGCGUUUUACGUGACUGCCGUUAGCAACCCUAAAGUGCGACCCCCAGAGGGUCGGCCCACGCUGCAGAGAGUGAGCGGAGGGAAAGUGCACCAAGAUGAUGGACUCAAGGAUCUAAAGCAGGGCCACGUGCGUUCGCUAAGCGAAAGAUUAAUGCAGCUAUCUUUGGCCACCAGUGGAGUCAAGGCCCAUGCGCCUGUUACCAGUUCUCCACUCUCCCCUCAGUUGCCUCCACCUGGACUGCCUGGAGACUACUAUAAACCAACAGGAACACAACAUAGGGGGCCUCCACCAGACUAUCCUUUUAAAGGAAUGGCCUCUCCACCCAAACAACAGCAGCACCAUCAGCCUCAGCAUCAAGAGCCAGGACACUUUUAUCCAGACCACCGUGCUACCAGCCAGCCAGGCAGAACCGAUGUUCCCCAUGUCCGCUACCAGCCACCACCUGAGUAUGGCUCUUUCCGGUCCAGUAAAGAGAGCUCAAGUCAUUCUCAAAGGUCAGUGCAUCACCACAGCCCCUCAUCAUCUGUUACGUCAGGGGGCUCCCUGUCCCGUGGCCAGUCCUCUGCUCUCAGCAGCAUCUUGGCUGCUUCCCAUGCUCCCCCACCCAUGGGCUAUCAAGGAGAACCACCCUUCCCCAUGGGUGCAAGAACCCCACAGAGCCUCGGUUCCCACCAAGGUGAUCCAUACGGCCCAGGUCCAGGACACCCUCCCCAUCAGCGAACCCAUGGAUUUCCUCAUGAUCCUUACGGCUCAGCUCCCAGGGGCCUUCACAUGCACCAGCACCAGUACCACCAGCAGGGCCCUCAACAGCAGCAACAGAGUCCAGGACAACACUACCCACACCCACACUCCAUGCAGGGGGAUCCAUACGCCAUGCUAGCCCGGGCCCAACAGAUGGUGGACAUGCUGUCGGAGGAGAACCGUUUUCUCACUCAAGAGCUGGAAGUGUGUGGGGAGAAGGUGUCCAAACUGCAGAAGCUGGAAACUGAGAUUCAGAUGGUGUCUGAAGCCUACGAAAACCUGGCCAAAUCAUCCUCCAAGAGGGAAGCUCUGGAGAAGACAAUGAGGAAUAAGCUGGAGUUGGAGGUGCGCAGGCUGCACGACUUCAACAGAGACCUGAGAGAGCGAAUGGAAACUGCCAACAAACAGUUAGCCACAAAAGAGUGUGAAGGCACAGAGGACAAUCGAAAAACCAUCUCACAGCUUCUGGCUCAGAAUAAAGAGACUCAGAGAGAAAAGGAGAAGCUGGAUAUCGAGAUGAAUUCGCUUCGCUCCACCAAUGAGGACCAGCGCAGGCACAUAGAGAUCCGCGAUCAGGCCUUGAACAACGCCCAAGCCAAAGUGGUCAAACUGGAAGAGGAGCUGAAGAAAAAGCAGGUGUAUGUGGAGAAGGUGGAGCGGAUGCAGCAGGCUCUAGCACAGCUUCAGGCCGCUUGUGAGAAGAGAGAACAACUCGAGCACCGGCUACGUACUCGGCUCGAGAGAGAGCUGGAAUCACUGCGCAUGCAGCAGAGGCAGGGUGGUUCUCAGAACACAGUUGGUCCUGAGUUCAGCACGGCAGCUCUGAUGGAGCACCUAAGAGAAAAGGAGGAGAGGAUUUUGGCUCUGGAGGCCGACAUGACCAAAUGGGAGCAGAAAUACCUGGAGGAGAGCGUCAUGAGACAGUUUGCACUGGAUGCUGCUGCUUCGGUGGCCACACAGAGAGACACGUCAUCCUCCUCCAUCAUCAUCAGCCACUCCCCCAGCAGCAGCUACGACACUUCAGUGGAGGCACGUAUCCAGAAAGAGGAGGAGGAGAUCCUGAUGGCCAACCGCCGCUGCCUGGACAUGGAGAGCAGGAUCAAGAACCUGCACGCUCAGAUCAUCGAGAAGGACGCCAUGAUAAAGGUGCUACACCAGCGCUCGCGCAAAGAACCAGCCAGCAAACUAGAUGCCCCGGCCAUGCGGCCCUCCAAGUCCCUCAUGUCUAUCGCCAUGGGCACCGGCAGCUCCAGCGGCUCUGGGCUGCUCUCACACUCUCUAGGGCUCAGCGGAAGCAGUCCUAUAACGGAGGAGCGCAGGGAGGACCGCAGCUGGAAGGGCAGUCUUGGUGUUCUGCUAGGUCCAGAGUUCAGAGGUGAUUCUCUGAGGACAGAGUCCAUCUCCUCAUCUCCAUCUCCAGUCCUGCCUGCCACACACUCAAAGACGGGCAGUAGGGACAGCUGCACCCAGACAGACAAAGGUCAGGAGGCCAGCAAGCCAAGCACACCAGCCCUGCAGAGUGUACCAGGACCCAGCCGGAUCAGCAGCCCGAGCCCCGUAUACAUCCCUGACCGCAUUGCCGAUGUGCCAGUGUUUCAUACCAGCACACUAGAGAGGACGAGAGCGCAAGUACAGUCUCUCCCUCAACAGAGCCUUCCUCCACCACAGCAUCCGCAAGACGUCGACAGUGAGAUGGUGGAAAUACUCAUCUGAUUACAAUCACAAACAAACACACAUUCAUAAACAAACAACUUUCAAAACAGGUGAAGUAAUCUUAUAUCCGUUACAUGUUUGAAUCAAGACAUCUGUCAGGGGACAGUGGGGAUGUCGGGGAAUGCGAUCAUGAUUGUUUUUGUACAGAACUGAGAGCCACAAUAUACAACAUAAUUUACAAUCAACAGAGUAUUUUUUGUACAGUAUUGUCUGUUUGUCCAGACUCUCGGACCAAAUAUAUUGGCAACCAUUUUUGUACAUUCAUUGCACUACUUUGUUUGUUUUUUCUUAUUUGGGUAUGUCAUCUUUUUGUUGUGUCUUAAGUACUAAUAUUACAAACAUGGCACUUGAGUAUGUAGUGGUAUGGUAACUAGCAAUACAGUUGUUACAUGUAAAUACUGCAUCAGAAUACUGUAAAACACAUGCGGGAAAACAACUGAAUGUCGUAGGGACUUUUUUUAUUUUUGUACGCAUUGUCUGUACAGAAUGUUCUGUACGGUUCACAGUGCAAUGGACCAACAAGCAUUUAUCUGUGGUCCAAAAGCUCAAUUAUAUGUAUGUGAAAGUAUGAAUGACCCAACUGGUUUUGGGUUUGUCUAUGUGAGUCUGUAGUGUUUCAGUCAAAACUGAGGUCCAUCAUUCCAGUCGAACUACAGCAGCUACAACGUGCCUUGGAUGAGAGGUACCACACCUAAUAUGUGAUGGGAACCAGUCUUUUCAGUUUUGGAAAGUCAUUUACUCACCCUCAUGUUGUUCUAAACGUAUGACUUUAGCGAAUAGCUUUAUUUCCAGUCUUUGAGUCUCAUGGUUGCAAGAUGCACGUUUAGCACUUGACCAAAGGUAUCGGAAAAGUGACACAUGUUAUACACAAAUGUUUAAGCAGGGCCAAUCAUUGUUCAUCAGGUUAUUACGUGGAUCUAACCUAAUUCACAAUUACACGGACAUGACUCUGACCACAUAUAUGAGAUUCUCCCAUAUAAUUGUUGAAUUUCUGUGAAAUCCCUCAUUUUAAUACUUUUCAUUACGUAGUCAUGUGCUUUGUGGUUUUCAUAUGUUUUCUUGAGAUGCCUUGUGAAUUCUCACUGUCAACCUUCUUGAUUGAAAUCUGUUUUAAAGGCAUAGUUCACCCCAAAACGCUAAUUCUGUCAUCAUUUGCUCACCCUCAUUUUGUUCCAAACUUAUAUGGCUGUUUUGUCUUAUAUGGAACACAAUAGAGCUGUUCAGCUUGUAGUCCAAAAACCCGGAAGAGAAUUCGCCAUGGGUUCCCUCUAGAUUUUUAUAAUGGUUUUUUUGAACUUAUGAGUAACAAAGGUCUGUGGUAAACAUUACUUGAUACGUGGACGUGUUGUUCUACAACAUAAAUUACAUACCUUUUUAAAAAAUUAACGUUUGAGGUAUGACUGUGUGUAAUUUAUAUUGUAGAACAAAACGUCCACAUAUCGUCAAGUAAUGUUUACAACAGACCUUAUUUAACUCAUAAGUUUAAAAACCCAUAGGAAAAUCCAGAGGGAACCCAUGGUGAAUUAGACUUACGGGUUCGCCUUCAAAUUGACGUUACUGCUGAACAGCUCUAUAGGAGAGUUAUGUUAGAAUGUUAGUUUUGGUCACCAUUCACUUUCAUUGCAUCUUUUUUUUUUUUUUUUUAUCUGUACAAUGAAAGUGAAUGGUGACUGAGACUAACAUUUGGCCUGACAUCUCCUUUUGUUUUGUCUUUCACUGAAGAAACUAGGUCAGACUGGAACAACAUGAGGGUUAGUAAAUGACGACUGAAUUUUCAUUUUUGGGUGAACUAUUCUUGCAGUGUUGGCCAACAGUACAUCAGAUCAUCAUCUCACCAAAUUCAAAAACACUGGCAAUUUCAUUUGACUUUAAAUAACUUUUUAAUUUGAAAGCAUUUUAAAUGUCAUUCGAAUCAGUGGUGAUCAAAAAUUAAACCUAAUGAUAUGUUUUCAGAUUUGCACCAAACAAAUUCUGCCCCCUGUAGGACAAGAACUAUCAUCUAGAAAUCCUAGUUGACAUAUUUAGCAGUUUGGUUUUUGCCUCAAAGACAAACCUACGUGAUUAUGCAUACAUAUGCAAAAUAAGUGUUUAACCCUUCUGUAAUGUUUAAAAAUAACAUCCGUGAUGUUCGGGUCAAAAAUGACCCGUAUAGAGUUCAAUAGAUUUUCAGUAGAUUUAUAGUACACUCAUCUAAGUGUUUUCACACUGAACACAGGCUUGUAUAGUCGCAUUUUAACAGGAAAGAGCACCACCUACAUGUUAGUUGUGGUAAUACUCGUUUAUGGUCCUUAGCUUUAAGGUAAAGAUUUACAGUACUUAAAAUAAGAUACUUGGAUUACUUGCAAAUUAGUUAUGUUUUAAAGAAAAACUGAAUCAUUACAACCAUUGCAUAUUAAGCGAAAAGCUUGACAUUCCAUAAAUAUAAACAAAUAUUAUAAAAACAUAAAAACUUUUUUUUAACAUAUUCAUUUAGUCAAUGUUGAGGAUAACCCAAAAGCAUUUUGACCAAACUCAAGAAUAAUUUAAUUUUUUCACUGUUUUUACUUAAAUGGGUAAAAAAUGACCCCAACAUAACAGGAGGGUUAAACCUGAUAAACCUAUUUUCCCUUUAUGUCUUGGAAUAAUUUUCCUUAUAUGGAAACAAUUUAUUUAUUUAUUUUUUAUCCUUAGAUUUCAUCUAAACUAAUCUAAUUCCUUCACAUGCAACUUCUCAUUUGUUCACCACAAGCAAUUUCAGUUAACAAUCCAUUUUGUAUUCACCUGCUUUUAUCUCAUUUGUUUGGGAUAAAAACUAGUUACUUGUUCUUCCUUUAUUUUUAAAAAUAAAAUCUGAUAAACAUUUCUGGCAUUGUCAAACAACCCACUGUCAAAAUGGUCAAAAGCAGUGUUUUAAGACUGAAACCACUACAAACAUGUCUGAUAAGAAUGCUGCAUGUCAGUGCGUCAGCAUACAGUCGCCGAUCCUAGGGUACCGAAACUAUCGGAAACAUCAUGCCGACUUCACGUGUGAUCAUCUUGCUCUUAUGCUAGAUAUUCAGAAAAGUUACUUUAAGUUUGAAGAUCACAUCUAAUUUGGGCACAAACUAAGACAAUGGACCUAAGAAGAGCUGAUUGAGUCUAAAGUGGGACAAAAUACUGAUAUACAAUAUGCUUCAGUGAAUGCAAACUGAUAAUGUCUUCAACAAAAAUGCAUUGUAACAUAUCAAACAAAAGUCAUCCAUUGAAGUAAAACUAAACUUCAGAGUUAAAGUUUAACCAUGUUGGUGAAUGUUACUGUUAAGUCCAGUCUGGUCAUGUGAGUCAUUAAGAUUUCAUUAGCACCUUUGUCAGUUUGUUCCACUGAAGUCUCAAUCUUAUUAUCAAUCCUAUUUUGAUGGUCUUGCUACAUUUGAUACUUUAAAGUUUGAAUUUCUAAAGGAGAAUGUGUUACAGUCUGUCUCAGGACGAAUUGAGAAUGUUUUUUUUUUUUUUUUUUGGUAUUAUUGUUUUUCAGUUUUUGAAUAGCAUCUACCAUUUUGUCCCAUCAGUGGGCAUUUGUAUGUAUUUUUUGUUCCUAGCGAAGGAAUGCUUUUGUUAAUUUGACUAGUAUUUGUUUCAUUUAAAAUGUCACUCUAGUUGCUGCUUGAAAAUGUUAUUACUGUACAAUCUUGAUUCAUUUUUACUUCAGUUGUAUUCCUGUUAAUCAGUUCUUUCCGUCUUAUCUCAUGCAGAUUUUGUAUAAGGCUUUACAUUUUUACUUUGGUUUAUAGUCAAAAGCGUUUCAAAUAACUUUUUUCUUGGUUAAUUUAAUUUUUUAAUAAACUGAUCCAAUGCUGUU